AUGAUGUUAAUGAUGAUGAUAGUAAAUGAUGAUUAUGAUGAUGAUGGUGGUGGUGGAGAGAUAGAGAGAAAAAAAGAGAUAGAGAGAGAGAAUAAUGAUAAUCAUCAUCAUCAUAAUAAUGAUUAUCAUCAUCAUCAUCAUCUCUUUCUCUUCUUUUUUUUCUCUCUCAUCACCUUGCCAACCCAAUGUGUGUAUCUUUCUCUUUUUCUCAUUUUUUUCUCUCUCAUCUCAUCUUCUUUUCUCUUCCACUCUCUUCGAUCGAUGAUGAUGAUGAUGAUGAUGAUGAUGAUUCUCUAACUCAGCUCAAGGAAACACGAAAAAAAAUAUAAAUGAAAAAGAAUCAACCAGUUAUGUCAACCAGUGAAUGGAAUUGUCCUGUUUGUGAUACAAAAUGUGAUUCUCAACAUUCGUUUACGGUACACAUUCGCCAGCAUAAUCCAACUGAUCAUUCCCAUACGUGCUCUAUUUGUGGUAAAACACUUUCCUCUGCGAGUUCCCUUGAUCGACAUAUGUUAAUACAUUCCGGUGAAAGGCCAUUUAAGUGUAAAAUAUGCAACAUGACAUUCACAACAAACGGUAAUAUGCACCGACACAUGAGAACCCAUGGUAUGGAAUCAAAUGAAAACGAUGCUCCCGAUAGCAAUAAUAACAAUGGUAACAGUAAAUCUCAUCAUAGUCCUCAUCAUAAUCAUCACCAUGCACGAAAUUUAAAGGGUGCUUAUUCAUCUAAUGCAAAUAAAAAUCCAACAACAACAACAACAACCAAUAACAACAACGAUGGUGAUACUGAUCAGGAUGAUAAUAAUUCAACGACCAUCAAUAAUAAUAAUAAUAAUAAUCAUCAUCAUAAAAUGUUGGUACGAAAACGAGGUGGAGGAGGAGGAAAAGGAAAGGGAACAGGAGUGGGGGUAUCAGCAAUGAUGACUACUUAUGAUGAUGAUAAUGAUGAUGAUGAUGAUGAGACUCAUCCUGAAAAUUUAUCAUCGAUGACUUCAUCUGAUAUUAACCUUGCUAUCUCAUCAUUAUUAUUAUUAUCAUCAUCAUCAUCGACAAAAACUACUACAGCACCAUCAUCAUCAUCAUCAGUUACAACAACAACAACAACAACUUCUAAUACUACAUCAUCAUCAUCAUCAUCAUCAUCAAUAGCUAAUGAUAAAACCAAAGUUAACUUGGAGAAUGACGCUCUACCUCUUCAACCAUUGUCAUCAUCAACUCCAAUAUCAUCAUCAUCAUCAUCACCAACAUCUCGUAGUUCACUUAAGAGUAGCGCCUUACGAACUGAUUCAAAGGGUAAUUGCAUUACUAAUUCAAAUUAUAACGAUAAUAAUAAUGAUACAAAUUCAACUGCUACCACCACAAACACCACCACCACCACCACCACCAGCACAAGUAAUAGCAAAAAUCAAAAAGCACUUUCACUAUGUGAUAGAUCAUCUUCACAUAAAACUUCCUCUUUAACCUCCUCCUCUUUCACAUCCUCAUUAUCAUCAUCAUCAUUCACUUUAACUUCAGAUUCAUCAUCAAACGGUAAAAAAAUGAAUUUAUCUUCAGCAAUAGCACCCACAUCAGAAAAACUGCGAAAACAAAAAUCACCAUUACAAUCAACGAGUCAUUCCAAAGUUGAAUCAAUUAGAUGUAAUCUAUACGAAGUGUCUUCAUCAUCUCUUUCCAAACAACAUUGUACAGCAUCAUCAUCAUCACCAUCAUCAUCAUCAUUAAAAACAUCUCCUACAACAUUAUCAACAACAACUACUACAAGUAACACCAACAGCAAAUCAGGGAUCAAACGUAACAAUAAUAAUAGUAAUAUUAAUGAUGAUAAUAAUAAUAAUAAUGGUAUUAAUUCUGGUUAUGCUUCGAUUGGGUUUCAUGAUCUCACAUUUACCGAUUUUUCCUCUCACAAGUAUCCACUUAUCGCCCAAUCAUUUUGCGAGGCCAACAUACGCAAAUCAAGUUCACCCUAUCACGAUUUUCAAUGUUCAAAUUGUCCUAAAGCAUUUCCUUGUGCUUCAGCUCUUUCCUUACAUCAGCAAACAGUCCACCCUCAUCUUCAACAUCAUGAGGCUAUAUCAUCAUCACCAUUUGCAUCACCAAUUGAUGCAACAUCAUUAGGCUUGGGACCUACAAACAGGACAUUAUUUAGUUCAACCUUUUGUCACCUUUGCCAAGUAGACCUUGGUAGUCCUGUACUUUACCUUACACAUCAAGCAAUCCAUCAAUACGAAAGCAUUUUCCAUGCCGUUAGUGGUGUUAAUCUAACAACCUCAGCAAGAACAGCAACCUCAUCAUCUUCACCACCCUCAUCAUCAUCAACAACCUCAUCUCCGUCCAAUUUUCUCAAAGCAAUUGUCACCAAUCCGACUAUUAAUUCACCAAUAACAACUACAACCACCAUUACUGGUAAACUACCUUCGAUUAAUAAUGAUAAUGCAGAUGAUGAUGGUAUCCAUAAUGGUAGUAGCGAGGAGAGGGAAGAAGAAGAAGAAGAAGAAGAAGAUGAUGAUGAUGAUGAUGAAGAGGAGGAGGAGGAGAUGGAUAAUGAUAAUGAUGUUGAUGUUGAUGAUCAUAAUGAUGAUGAUCAUUCUGCAAAUAGUGACAAUGAGAAGGAACAAUUUCUCGCCAUGCUUCAAUUAUACAAAAAGAACAAGAUCAUUCUCAACAAUUCCAAUAAAAUUAACGAUUCAAACAACAAUCAAACUAACAUCAACAACCUGGUCAAAGUUCACCCUUCAAUCGAGGGAUCAUCAUCAUCUUCACCAUCAUCAUUAUUGUUUAAAGAUGAGAAAAACAAUUUUGAUUAUCCUUCAUAUUUUAUCAAUGCUAAAGUCACUCUUAAUCGUUUUAAUAUUCCUAGCACCAUUAACAGUACCAAUAAUACAACAAUUCCAACUUUAACUCCAACCACAACAACAACAACAACAACCUCCAACAAGAUGAACACUUUAAGCAAUAAUAAUAACAAUAAUAAUAAUAAUAAUAAUAGUUUAUUGGCUAAAUCAAAAGUAAAUCACCCAAGAACCUCAACUGGAAAGAUAAAUGGUCAUUCCAAUUCUGUCAAAACCAAAGAAUCCAAAAAACGAGCGAAUCGUGGACAUACCAAAGGUAGCCAUAACUAUGCUUGUAAUCUUUGCUCUUACACGAGUAUGGACAAAUCAACACUAGUUCGUCACUUGAGAACCCAUAACGGAGAGAGACCAUUCCAAUGUGCUAUCUGUAAAUACGCUUUCACCACUAAAGCGAACUGUGAGAGACACGUUCGCAAACGUCACAAGAAAACGUCCAAACCCGAAAUCAAAAGUGCCAUGCUUUUUAAUGCUGGUCUUACAACCUCAUCAACGCAGCCUUUAGACCUCGCCGUCCAUGCACUUGAUCUAAGCUAUAAAAAUCUAUCGACAAAAUCAUUAUCAUCACCAACAACAACAACUAAUCAACCAAUUAGUUAAGCCUUUAAAGCCUACAUAUAUAAAUGAGAGAAACACACACACACACACAACCAACACAUACAUUACAUACAUUUCAUUACAUACACAAAACACACACAUACAAAAGACACACAAUUAAUUAAUUCAACACACACAUUCACAUAAUCACCUUUUUUUUCAAGGGAAAAGGGGAAAUUCAACUUGAAACAAUUUGAACAAUUUCGCAAUCUCUUUUUUCGCUUGUCUCGCCAUCUUUUGGUUCUCUUUUAAACCCACAUUUUAAGUCAAUUUGGUUCGGCGAAUUAUGAAAAUAUUCACCACAAGAUGGCGAUACAAAUAUUCCUUCAUUUGCCUUCGUUCGUGCGUUCAAGUGGAUUAUCCUUCCUUUUUAAAUCCCUUUUAUAUACAUAUGAGAAAAAGUUAUAUCGUAAUACAAAUGUAAACAUUUUUUUUUUCCUCUUCACGUUCAAAUCUUCUAAGAUUUAAUUGAAUUUUGAUUUAAAAAGCAAAACAAAAAAGAAAAUUAGUUAAGCUAAGAAAAUAUCAUGAAGAAACCUAAUCACGUCCGCAAUUGCCUAAAUUAAAAUCUAUCAAUAAACAUAAUCAAUUAUAAGAAAAAAAGUAAA